ACAUCCCACCCAGCGCUGUGCUGAACUCCCAUCCAUCACAAUGAGCAACAAAUUCCUGGGCACCUGGAAACUCGUCUCCAGCGAGCAUUUUGAUGACUACAUGAAAGCCCUGGGUGUGGGGUUAGCCACUAGAAAACUUGGAAAUUUGGCCAAGCCCAGGGUGAUCAUCAGCAAGAAAGGCGAUUAUAUGACAAUAAGAACUGAAAGCACUUUCAAAAACACAGAGAUCUCUUUCAAGCUGGGCCAAGAAUUUGAAGAAACCACAGCUGAUAACAGGAAAACCAAGACCAUUGUGACGCUGGAGAGAGGAUCACUGAAUCAAGUUCAGAAAUGGAGUGGCCAAGAGACCACCAUAAGGAGAAAGGUGGUGGAUGGGAAAAUGGUAGUGGAAUGUAUGACGAAGGGUGUGGUCUGCACCAGAAUCUAUGAGAAGGUCUGAGAAGACCUCUACCUCAUUCAAGUGGUAUUUGAUAUUUAACACUGGAAAUCAAGCAGCAAGACCC